AUGUUAAAUAAUGCAUUCUUUCAUGGUGAUUUGAAUGAAGAAGUUUACAUGAAGUUGCCUCAUGGUCUUUCAGUUUCUAGGCCAUCUGUUUCUUCUGCUCCUCUGAACUUCAUGAGAAAUUGCCUGUUGAUUCUGUUCUUAAAGUAUCCAAGAGUUCCUCACAUGUCUGCUGUUGUGCACCUUUUGAGAUACCUCAAAGGCACGCCUGAUGUUGGACUGUUCUUUUCAUACUCUUGUGAUCUUACAUUGACUACUUAUCCAGAUGGUGAUUGGGUUACAUGUGUUGAUACCCGCAGAUCUGUCACUGGUUUUUGUACUUAUAGGGUUGUUGUUCAUAUAAAAAAGGACCCUAUCUUCCAUGAGCGUACCAAAUAUUUUGAGGUGGAUUGUCACUUUAUUCGGACCAAGUUAGGUGAUAGCCUGAUUCAAUUGGCUCAUGUUCCUAUUGCCAAGCAGCUCGCUGACAUCUUUACCAAGCCAUUAGCUUGGCAGAGUCACCAUCGGUUUCUUUCCAAGUUGCAGGUGGUUUUCCCCUCCAACUUGAGGGAGGGGAUUGUUGGACUUGGAGACUAUAUGGCAUCUGGGCUGCGGCACAAAUGA